UCCAAGUCUCAAGCGUACGUAAGUCGCGAGCAGAUGGGCGCCGCUCUCGUUCCUCUCCUCGUCUACGUAGUGCUCGUGGUGGUGGCGGCGGCGCGUGCCCCGGCGGCGUCCGCGGCGCCGCGGGCCUUCUUCGUCUUCGGCGACUCCCUCGUCGACAACGGCAACAACAACUACCUCCUCACCACCGCGCGCGCCGACGCGCCGCCCUACGGCAUCGACUUCCCGUCGCACCGCGCCACGGGCCGCUUCUCCAACGGCCUCAACAUCCCCGACAUCAUCAGUGAGCACCUCGGGGCGGAGCCUGCGCUGCCGUACCUGAGCCCGGAGCUCCGAGGGGCGAAGCUGCUCGUGGGCGCCAACUUCGCGUCGGCCGGCGUCGGGAUCCUCAACGACACGGGAGUGCAGUUUGUGAACAUAAUUAGGAUGGGGGAUCAGCUGCGUUACUUCGGGGAGUACCAGCGCAAGCUGAGGGCCUUCGCCGGCGAGGAGCAGGCGGCGAGGCUCGUCAACGGCGCGCUCGUGCUCAUCACGCUGGGAGGCAACGACUUCGUCAACAACUACUACCUGGUGCCCAUGUCCAUGAGGUCUCGCCAGUACGCUCUCCCGGACUACGUAAGCUUCAUCAUCUCCGAGUACAGGAAAAUCCUCGCGAGGCUGUACGAGCUGGGGGCGCGGCGCGUGAUCGUGACGGGGACAGGGCCGCUGGGGUGCGUGCCGGCGGAGCUGGCGCAGCACAGCAGCAACGGCGAGUGCGCGGCGGAGCUGAACCGCGCCGUGGACCUCUUCAACCCGCAGCUGGUGGACAUGGUGCGCGGCCUCAACCGCGACGCCGGCGCCGACGUCUUCGUCUCCGCCAACGCCUACCGCGCCAACUUCGACUACCUCACCAACCCGCAGAGCUACGGGUUCACGAACGUGAAGGUGGCGUGCUGUGGGCAGGGGCCGUACAACGGGAUCGGUCUGUGCACGGCGGCGUCCAACGUGUGCGCCAACCGGGAGGUGUUCGCCUUCUGGGACGCCUUCCACCCCACAGAGCGGGCCAACCGGAUCAUCGUCGGCCAGUUCAUGCAUGGGUCCACCGACUACAUGCACCCCAUGAACCUCAGCACCAUACUCGCCAUGGACCAGCUGCAGGCGGGUUCUCUUUAGCUAAUUACCACUGCUAUGUAUUAUUAAUCCUCCUGAUCGAUCGAUGUCACGUGUACUUGGCUAGAAGUAGUUUGCUCCUAGGGCAGGGUGUGUGCAUGUGCGUUUACAGGAGCCAGUGUAUUUGUGUAUGUGCUGUGUUUAAAAAAGAUAGCUGGCCAAGUAAGAGCAUAAUGUUUCAGUGCCUUUUUGUACUGCGUACAAAUGACACGGAUAUGAUGCAACAGUCAAAAUAAUGCAUUCAGUGCUAUUUUUCUGUU